GUUGGCACACAUUCAAGCAGUCUCAAAUUCUUUCAAUGCCCGCAUUGUAAGAAUGCGUUCAAGGUCGUAGAUACAAAAAGAAGCAACGAGCCAAUUUGCAUAUAAUGCUUCUUCCAAAUAUAUCACGGGAUUUGCAGAUAGAAAUUGUCAAAACUUACCCUAAAAAUAUAAAAUCUUGUAGUGAUUGGCUUAGUUUCCUCAAUCAUAUGGAAAAAAAAGUCAGGUCAUUGGAUCGAGAGUCAACUGCAACUAACAUACUUUUAAAUUUGUAUGAAAGUGCGAUAGAUUCAUUAGAGGCAAACUGGUCAGAUGAAAUGUAUCUUACAAUUUUUAUUAGAAGAGCAGUUUUAGCAUCAUAUGAAAAUGUGGACUAUGGUCCUGUACUUCUGAGCUUUUGUUCCAUAAAUGGUCGUCAAAAUGCACAGCUGAUAGCAGCUGUAGCGUAUUAUUAUUCUAAACAAGGAGAUAAAAAUAGAGCUAAAGGUCUCUUAAACUCUGCAAAAAAGUCUGUAGACUCGUGUGGGAUGGAAUUAUUAUGUAAAGCCGAAAUUAUGCUAGAUACAGACCAUGAUUUCAAAUCAUUAUUAGGACCAUUUUAUUAUAAACCAGACUUCGAUUCCGAAGAUAUGAAUCGUUCUCGGGCAAGUUCAAGUGAAGUCUCUUCAGCUCUGGAUUCAACUUACCCAAAUGAAAUUUCUCCAAACGUCAAGUUUGAACCACAUGAAGUUUCGAAAAACUAUCCUAGCGAUUGCGACUCACUCGGAUCUAUACAAAUUGUUGAUUCAGUCGGAGGCUUACCUGAUUCGUCCCAGUCUUUCAUAUCACCAAGGCUUUCAAAAGAAUCGCUGCUCACUUCAGUCACAAGUAAUCCACAAAUGGAAUCAUUACAACCACCUGAACUGUCCACGAUUGUUGGUUCGAUUAAAUUGAAUGAAAGUUGUGAAAAGGAUAAAAUACCGAUAUCUAUCGGUGUGCAAACUGAGCUGGUCAAUGAUAGUGAACAAUAUAUUAUUGUUAAUGGUAAGAAAUAUCGAAUAAUUAAUGAAUUGGGACGGGGAGGUUCAUCAGUAGUUUAUUGGGCUAUGGACUCUGAGUUAAACCCAUGGGCAGUGAAAAAAGUUGAUUUGAAGAAUCUUACACAAGAAACAGUUACGUCGUAUAUGAAUGAGAUUGAGAUGCUUAAAAGUUUGGUGGAUUCUGACAGAAUUAUCCGAUUAUAUGAUUAUCACUGUACCCCAGAAAAUCUUAUACUAGUUAUGGAAAAAGGGGAUUGUGAUCUGAAAAGUGUUAUUCUCAGCUUUUGGUCUGGUGGUGUACAAAAAUCAUCUCGUCCAUCAUCAGGUAUGCUUUCAUCUGGGAUUGUAUUUUAUUGGGAUCAAAUGUUGAGGUGUGUGAAAGCACUGCAUGAUCGACGUGUUGUACACUUAGAUCUAAAACCACAAAACUUUGUUUUAGUGUAUGGACAAUUGAAACUUAUUGAUCUGGGGAUUAGUCGUUUCUUACCAGAUGAUUCAACAACUGUAAAUCAUUGGUUAAAGUUGGGAACUUUAUCUUUUAUGAGCCCAGAACAGUUAGAAGAAGCCGCUGCCUCCUCCACUUCAUCAUCAUCAUCCUGUAGUCUAAAUCAGUCGUUCUUCUUGGUUCCUGAAGCGGACAAGGAAAAUCGUUUUAAGGUUGGUCGUAAGUCUGAUAUUUGGUCAUUAGGUGUAAUUCUCUAUAUGAUGGUCUACGGUCAGUUACCUUUUAAUCAAGAUGGACUUUACUCUCGUCUAUCAGCCAUUAUAAGUCCUGAUGUAAAAAUACCUCUGCCAGUUAUCAAGAAUAAAUCUAUUUAUAAGGCAUUAGAGCGGAGUUUAGUUCGAAAUCAUUUAGAGAGAGCAUCUGUUGAUGAGCUGUUGAGCUAUGAAUACGUGUCCAGCACAUCAACGACCGAUUUAUGAUAUUCGAAAAUACAGUUCUUUGUUCGUCAAUACUUGUACAUAUUCAUCCUGUAUAUAAAUGUACAUAUUAUUCUUUUAAAAUCUUCGUUUUUACAACCUAUUUAUUCGACUCACUUAUUCCUUCUCAUUACCUUUGUUCGUUGUUUUGGUUAGUCACAAUUACUGUCCCGUGUUUAAAUUGUUUUCGUUUAUUUUUUUACAUGAUUCACUUUUGUAUGCUUAUGCUUAUACGACAAUAAACAUUGGAGAUUACAGAUUUCUCAGAGACAACCACAAUCUAUAUAUGACAUAAAUUAAUAAAAAUACUUAUCAUCAUAUACUUGUAC